AUGUCGAGUCAGUGCCCUGUAGAUAGUUAUUAUGAUAAGUGCGUGUACAAAGAGUGUAAGAAUGAGAGAUUUUUGCAUGGGAAACGGCUAUUCCGAUUUCCAAUGCAGAAGGAUACAAGAUGCAAUACAUGGAUACGCAAUACAGGAAAUACAAAGUUGGAAAAAUUGUCUGCCAAUACCCUUAGAAAAUUAGGAAUAUGUGAAGAUCAUUUCGUUAUGACAUCAUUUACAAACGCAACAAAAAUACGAUUAAGAAAGGAUGCUAUACCAAUUGCGUAUGAAAACGCUGGCUCAAAUUCUGCAAACGAAAAUGUUGAAGUAGGUGAAAUGCAAGGAGAUAUUACAGAAACACUUUCACCUAACGAUGAAAAUCUAAUAAUGGAGGAACAAAUAUCUGAAGAGUGUACUCUACAGACAUACAGGCCUGCAGCUUUAAAUUUCGAAAUAUCUGAAAAAGAAAACACAGUUGAAAAUUGUAUGAGUGCAAAUAAUGUUGUUGCUGUUGAUGAUGUUGAAAACGAUGUUGAUGAUGCCGAUUUAGUAACAGAAUUACUUGACAAACAUUCAGACAUUCUUGAGGAAUAUGAUGUGGACAUAAAUAAUCAUACAAUGAUGGCGACGAUGAUGACCGCGGCGGCCACGGUGUCCACGGUGGCGAUGGCCACGGCAACAGGCCCGAUGACCACGGCGACCACGGUGGCGACGGCGACGGCGACAGCCCCGACAUCGGCCCCGAUGGCCACGACAUCGGCCCCGACGGCCACGGCAUCGGCCCCGACGACGGCGACGGCGACGGCGACAGCCCCGACGGCCACGGCAUCGGCCCCGACGGCCACGGAGCCAAUUGUAUUAACCGUAAGUAAAGAUUAA